AUCCUGUCUGUCUUUCCCAAAAUAAGCCAGUGGGAGAGGGAUCGCAGAAUAAGCCAGGGAGAUUGGAGCAGCGAGGUGCACUGCCCCUGGUUAUAAGUCCUGGGAGUGCUGCUUGGACCCACAGCCUUUAGCUCAAUAUACCCUGCCUGGCUGCCUGGCCUGCCUGCCUGACUGACUUGACUGACUGACUGGAGUUUCACUCCACUGUUACUCACUCUCUCUCCCUCUCCUGUCCUGCUCCCUCGCUCAUUCCCUCCUACUUUCCACCCUGGAGAGCGAGAGCGCACAGAUUGGGGAAGGUGCUCCUCAGACCUGCGUCUGGACAGCUUGAAGACGGCACAGAGAGGAUUUUUCACUCUUCUCUCACUUGCUCUUUCAUCCUCGAUUUCACCAUUGCUGCCAAAAAGCACAUGGAUGGACUUUUUUGUUUCAUGCCGGAGGCAGAAAAAUAAAAGUUAAACAAUUUGUUCCACCUGCAGCUGAAAAUAUCCAACUUCUAACUUUUUGUGGUUGUUUUUUUUUUACCCUGCACUUGUGAGCAGCACUGGACCAAUUCAGGGUGCAAGCUCUUUGCCCAGGAGGACACCAUUCCUCUUUUUUGGCUUCAUUGAAAAUCUGAUGCCAUCGCAUCCCAUGGGAGACACGCGUGGCUGAGGCAAAGGAGGGAGGUAGAAGAGAGACCCACCUGAAGCUGACACCUACCACUGCCCUUACCCAGUGCUCCCCCUCCCCCCCCCUGCUCCUCAACGCUCUGAGGAGAGAAAGUUCUUUGUGUGUGACAUCUGAAGCCGGGGAUGCUGGUGACCAUGCUGUUGGCUCCUGUCUGUGUGCUACUGACGCUGGGGGCGCGUGCUCUCGCUGGAGGCUAUCCCCCCAUGCCCCACAUGAAGUACAUGCAGCCCAUGAUGAAAGGGCCUAUUGGACCCCCAUUCAGAGAGGGCAAGGGACAUUAUGUUGAUAUGCCACCCAUGAUGGAAGUGAAGGGGGAACCAGGCCCCCAAGGGAAACCUGGACCAAGAGGCCCCCCUGGGCCACCAGGACUUCCAGGAAAACCUGGACUGGGCAAGCCAGGUCUCAAUGGCCAGCCAGGCCCUCAGGGGCCUUCUGGUUUUCCAGGAAUUGGUAAACCUGGACUUCCAGGUCUCCCAGGAAAGCUUGGGCAAAAGGGGAUGCCAGGGCUAAAUGGCGAGGUUGGCCCACGUGGUGAACCUGGCCCCAGAGGCGCUCCAGGACAGCCCGGCCUCCCUGGCCCAGCUGGCCUGUCUCUGAAUGGGAAACCAGGACUUCCAGGCAUCAGAGGCCCCCCUGGGGCUCGGGGUGAACCAGGAUUAAAGGGUCUUUCUGGACCACCAGGUGAACGUGGACUUAAGGGCGAGAAUGGAAAUGGGAAGCCAGGGCCUACAGGUAUAAGGGGUCCUCCUGGGCUGAAAGGCAGUCCAGGACCACCUGGUCUUCCAGGCAUCGGCAAACCAGGUUUAAAAGGUUUGCCUGGACUGCCUGGUCUUAAAGGUGACCAAGGACUCACAGGGGAUCGAGGAGAACCAGGAGAGUCUGGGGCUCCAGGUCUGCAAGGUCUGCCAGGGCCAGUUGGGGUGGGGAAGCCUGGGCUAGAUGGACUGCCCGGAGGACCAGGUCCAUUGGGUGCGAAAGGUGAGCCAGGGCCUAGGGGUUCUCCUGGAUUUCCUGGGACUCCUGGCUAUGGAAAACCUGGUCUGAGUGGGCCAAAAGGAGAUAAGGGCCAUGCUGGGUUGCCUGGUCUCCCAGGGGACAAAGGAGAGCAAGGAAUGGUGGGCCCAAUUGGUGAACCAGGCCUUGAUGGACAAUCAGGACCACCAGGACUUCAAGGCCCAAUGGGACUUCCUGGAAAGCAUGGAAUGCCAGGACAAAAGGGAGAGGGGGGGCCCCAGGGCCCUCCAGGACUGCCUGGCCUCAGAGGUGACCAAGGCCCCAAUGGACCAUCUGGAAAACCUGGCAUCCCUGGGGAGAAAGGCAUCCCUGGGCCCAAUGGUCCUAUUGGAAAACCUGGACCCAAAGGUGAGGCAGGGCAUAUUGGUCUGCCUGGCAAUCCAGGACUGACAGGUGCUCCAGGGCCUAAAGGUGAAUCAGGGUUUAUAGGGACUCCAGGCCCCAGGGGUCAGUCAGGAAUUCCUGGUCUACAGGGGCCCAUGGGUCCCAUGGGGCCACAGGGUGUUCCUGGCCCAAAGGGUGAUAUUGGACUUCCAGGGCCUCCAGGACUGGGUAAGUUUGGAGAUAAGGGAGCUAUUGGCCCCCAGGGUCCUCCAGGGAAACCAGGCCCCUCUGGGCUUAAUGGUAACACUGGCCCUCCUGGCCCUCCAGGGCCUCCCGGUCCUCCAGGAAAUGGCCAAACAGUUGUUGCAGGGCCGACAGAUUCAGAGUUGGAAGGGGACGAAGUACCAGGGGACAGGAAGGGGCCUGCAUACAGUCAAGUCCCACUCUCUGCCUCUGUGGCCCCAGCCUUCACAGCCAUCCUCACCACACCUUUCCCUCCCUCUGCCAUGCCAAUCAAAUUUGACAGGACCCUGUACAACGGGCAAAAUGCCUACAGCUCUGCUACCGGCAUAUUCACUGCUCCUUUAUCUGGUGUCUACUACUUUGCGUACCACAUGCAUGUAAAGGGAACUAGCCUGUGGGUGGCGCUGUACAAGAACAAUGUACCAGCCACUUACACCUAUGAUGAAUACAAGAAAGGCUACAUGGACCAGGCGUCUGGUAGUGCUGUCCUAGAGCUGAAGGAGGGUGACCAGGUCUGGGUCCAGAUGCCCUCGGAUCAAGCAAAUGGCCUCUAUUCUACCGAGUACAUCCACUCCUCCUUCUCAGGAUUCCUGCUCUGUCCCACAUAACCCUGUCCCCUCACUCAAACAUGUUCCUGUAUUGGCACCUCAGAGCAGCCCUAAACCCAAAAUACCUGCAGCCACAACAGAAACAAAACCCAUAGGAUCCUCCGUAUUAUUGCCAUCACCUUUAUCCGUCUCACCCUCAGCAACGUCACCGAAAGAAAAAAAACUUUGUGAAUGAAAUAUGGAAAGUUUUAAAAGACAGGGGAAGGGAUUUCAUACUGUGUUCUUUGUUUCGAUGUCCUUCAAAUGUGUGUUUUGGGUUGUAUUUUAUGUUGGUGUUUUUUUUUUUGUUUUUUUUUUUAGCUUAUAUUAUUUUAAUUAUUAUAUUGUCAUAAUUUUAUUGUUAUUAUUUGGUCCUUGUCAUCAUUGUUGUUGUUGUUUAUCGGAUUCAGACUAUUAAGUGCCUUACUUUGUAAUGUGCUAGUAACAGACCUUCCCGUGUGACUGCACAUCCUGCCCACAUGCUCUGACUUCACCAGACCCUGGGGGGUGAUUGGCUCCUCCGGCUGCAGUCACGUCCCCCUUGUGUUCUUAUUUAAACAGUGAAUGGCAAUACUGACCUAAAGAGCAACGACACAACAUAGAAAAUAUAGACAAACAACAGCAAAACAAGGCAUUUGGUGUUGUAGUACCAUUACCUUUCAAGUCUCUUCUGUCCGACCCUUUUGGUACUCUAAACAGUCGCUAUGUUAAAAUUAUUAAUGGGAUUAAAUCUUUGUUUUUAGAGUGAGAUAUAUAUUUUGACAAUUAGUCGGCAUCUGUAGGGUGCUUAUUUCUCUGCUUCUUUCUGAAUUUAGUAGGCGACCAUUUAAAAAUGAUCUUUAUCUUUCUUAUAAUUUAUUGAACUGUCCAGAAAUGCAAUCCAAUAGUAAAUACGACCUCACAGUAUUAGAAUUGUAAAGUUUAACUGCCCUUUUAAAGAGGCUAAUGCAAGGACAAUGCCUUCUUUUCUUUUAAUUUUCAGGACAAUAUUAACAAGGACAUUAUGUAUGCAUACAGUCAAUGUUUACAUGUCAUAGAAUAGAUACUGAGAGCUACUGCGAAAUGGACAGUAAGGACACAACUCCAGCUGGAUCAAUGGCCCGUUUCCUUGUAUCGAUCUGAUUUUCUUUUCCCCCAUUUGCACUGCAAAUCCCAUCGCUGUGUCACAGGAAUCCUCUUCAGACGCUCUGACCAUGACAUCACUGCUUUCUAAUGGUGUACUACCUAUUAAUAAAUCAGUAUCACAUCAAUAUUCCAAGUGAAAGCCUCAUACGUACCACAUAUUGCAACAUCUGUGAAGGUGCUGUGGCUGUUAAGGAAAAUAGGGAUAGUACAUCCAUUUCUGCCUUUAGUGCCAUUUUGUGUGUGACUUGUUGCCGGGCAAAUGAGAGCAAUUCUGAGUCAUUUGUGAGUGAAAAUAGUUUCUAUUAAUCCCCGAGUCAAUGUGUCUAAAACAGCUGAUUUAUUGUUUAACUUAAUGGAACAUCCGAGACGUUUCAAAAGCAAAGGAUGUCAAAGCCGGAAAUGAGAAUCAAUCUGCAUUUACUCCAUGAAUAAGUAAAGGGACUGACUGAGACCCACCGGUUAUGAAAUACAGGUUGUGUAACAUUUAACAAACCCCUGCCAGAUUUCUGGGAGAGGUGGUGGGCCAGAGGUGAGAGGGGUGUAUUUACUCAUUUCUGUUGGAUGAGGCAUUAAAGAUACAUGCCGCGUGUGUAUGCAUGUGCUCGUGUGCUCUGGUAGGCGUACCCUUCUGUCUGUCACUGUGUCAACAUGUGUGUGAGUGUAUGUGUGUGUAUGUGUGCGUGCGGUUGUGUCACAUUGUUCCCCUGGCGUUCAGGUCGUGAACACUUCAGCGAGGAUAAUAACAAACUUGAACGAAGUUACAAAACUUUAGGAAUGGCUUACAGUCGUGUUAAUGUUCCACGAAAGUUUGGCUUUGGCCUGCUUUGGGGUUUUAAAGACCACGCCGUGAUAGUGCCUUUGCAAAGUAAGGGAAUGAGUUAUGAAUAGGUGAUUGUGAUGAACAGAUGGGAAACAGAGAAAUUGAAUAACGAGAUAAGAGGACAACAUUUAGUACACAUAAAUUACUGGUUAACACUGAAAACUUUUGAUAUGUUGCAUAUUGGUCCAACGAGUGGCAUAAUGGUGUGCAAUAACCUUUGAGAAGUCAUGAACAGAAGACAUUCUGGUGAAGAUCUUUUAUCAGUGGUUGCAGAGGUUUGGGCAAUCUUAUCUUACCAACGCUGUGCCUCUACACGCCUCAGUCAGCUCAGACAGGAUCCAAAAUAUGCCGCCAAAAUGCUUUCAUUACACUGAAUUGAGGACUACCUUACACCGUGAUAUAGGACUGUCAAUGUACAGGAAGAUUGUGCCAAAUAUUGAGCUUUGCAAUCAGAAUGAAUGUAAACCAUCUGACUGAUUUUCACUAGUUUCUAUAUAUAAUCUACAGUAACUCUUCUGGAAAAGCAGUGCCUAAUCAGUAUUUUACGUCUAUGUAAUGCAAACAAUGCACUUGCUCCUGCCCUCGCCGCCUCAUAACACGAACACAACUACAACUGCUACGUAUCAAUAUUGUGAUGUGAGUCUACAAGGCAGUCCGAGGCUCGUUAUGUACUGUAUGUUGCCUUUUUUUGUUUUGUUUUGUCGCCUUCUAUUUUUGGACAUAUGAAAUGGUGAUGUGAGAGUUACACGUGGCUAUAACUCUCUGUCCUUAUGUUGUUAUGUUUGCCCUGCGUGCAAAUCAUUUAACAAGUAAGAUCCAUGUACCGUCUCGAUCACAAAUCGCUUUCAACUGUUUUCUUUUAAAGGAAAAAAAAAAAAAUAACAAAAAGAUUUUUUUGUUUUUAAAAAAGCCUCGCUUCGGUUCUUAAGGGAUAUUUGUUUGUUUUAGUUUCAAUAAAUACAAACGGCCAUUCCCAUUUGCACAUGGAAUUAAUGAAGAUGUAUUUAUACAUUUAUGAUAAUUUAAUAGGGAUGCCAAAACCGACCACCGAAGCCUAGAACGUAUAAAUGGUAUUUAACAGCAUUGAUGAGUUAAGAGCAUUUACAACAUGUAGUUAGCAUUCUAGAGUUGUUUGUGAAGGAUUAUUUGUGGACUUUUAUUUUCUAUUUGCGUAAUGUACAAUGUAUCAACCUAUAGGAUUUUUGUCAUACAAGGCUAUUGCGUGCACUCUAUGCAAUAGAAUUUGGGUAUAAAAUGCACUCUUUUUGAUUGAAAAUGUUUGUCUGCUUAUACAAAAUCUACAGUACUUGAUUGUAUUGAUACCACAUCAA